AUAGCACAACGUAUUUUGGUAGCUGUGGGUUUCCGUAGAAAGACACGGAAGUGGUGUUUUCCAGCGUGACUUUCACCGGCGGUGUCCUGUUUGUUGUGUGAAGAGGAUCCAGAUCAAAGUCUUGCCAAAAUGAGACUAUUAAAAACAGGACUGAGGUUAACAAAAGCCCACCUUUUGUCCACAGGAAGCGUCACUCUUAAACAGGUGCUCCUCAACAGCUGUCGGACAUGCUCCUCUGGUGUUUUUCCAAACAAAAUGAUUCGGAAUAUCGGAAUAUCAGCACACAUCGACUCAGGGAAGACCACACUGACCGAGCGCAUUCUCUUUUAUACAGGCAGAAUAGCAGAGAUUCAUGAGGUGAAAGGGAAGGAUGGUAUUGGAGCCACUAUGGAUUCUAUGGAGCUGGAGAGACAGAGAGGCAUCACCAUUCAGUCAGCUGCAACCUACACUAUGUGGAACGAUCACAACAUCAACAUCAUUGACACGCCAGGUCACGUGGACUUUACCAUCGAGGUGGAGAGAGCGCUACGUGUUCUAGACGGAGCAGUUCUGGUUCUGUGUGCUGUGGGUGGAGUCCAGUGCCAGACCAUGACAGUUAACAGGCAGAUGAAGCGUUACAAUGUUCCCUUCAUCACCUUCAUCAACAAGCUCGACCGCAUGGGUGCCAAUCCCAGUCGAGCUCUUCAGCAGCUCAGAACUAAACUGAAUCACAAUGCGGCCUUUGUCAACAUCCCUAUUGGUCUAGAGGCGAAUAUGAAAGGCAUCAUUGACCUUGUGGAGCAGCGAAGCAUGUAUUUUGAAGGACCCUUUGGUCAGAUUGUUCGCUAUGAAGAUAUCCCAGUAGAAUUUCGUGCAGAGGCCGCAGAGCAGAGGCAGGAAUUGGUUGAGUGUGUGGCUAAUGCUGAUGAAACCUUCGGAGAAAUGUUCUUGGAAGAAAAGAUUCCAACUAAUGAUGACCUAAAGUCAGCAAUUCGUAGAGCCACAGUGCGGCGUGUUUUCACCCCCGUGCUGGUGGGCACGGCGCUGAAGAACAAAGGCGUCCAGCCUUUACUGGACGCAGUGCUGGAGUACCUCCCCAACCCCACAGAAGUAAAAAACUACGCCAUCCUCAAUGAAGAAGACGAUAAAACUUCAAAGAUUGAAAUGGAUCCUACGAGAGAUUCAUCAAACCCUUUUGUUGGUUUGGCCUUCAAGCUGGAGGCAGGGAAGUUUGGUCAGCUAACAUAUGUGCGCGUGUACCAGGGCUAUGUGAAGAAGAGCGAGUACAUCUACAACACACGUACAUCCAAGAAAGUCCGAGUGCAAAGACUCGUACGUCUGCAUGCUGACCAGAUAGAGGAUGUGAAUGAAGUUUAUGCAGGAGAUAUUUGUGCUCUGUUUGGGGUCGACUGUGCGAGUGGAGACACUUUUACAUGCAGAACCAAGGCUAAUCUCUCCAUGGAAUCUAUUCAUAUCCCAGACUCUGUCAUAUCCAUGUCAAUGAAGCCAGUGAACAAGAAUGACUUAGACAAAUUCUCUAAAGGCAUCGGCCGUUUCAUCAGAGAAGAUCCAACGUUUCAAGUAAAUUUUGACACAGAAAGCAAAGAAACCAUUGUCUCAGGCAUGGGGGAGCUACACCUGGAAAUCUACUCCCAGCGGUUGGAGCGGGAAUAUGGAUGUCCCUGUGUGAUGGGAAAACCCAAAGUGGCUUUCAGAGAAACAGUAACCGACCCUGUACCGUUUGAUUACACACAUAAGAAGCAGAGUGGCGGCGCUGGGCAGUAUGGAAAAGUUAUCGGUGUCCUCGAGCCAUUGGAGCCAGAGAACUACACAAAGGUGGAAUUUGUGGACCAAACAGUUGGAACCAAUGUCCCAAAGCAGUUUGUGCCGGCGAUUGAAAAGGGGUUCAGGGACACCUGUGAGAAAGGCCCUCUGAGUGGACACAAAAUCUCAGGAGUCAGGUUCCUCUUGGAAGAUGGAGCGAAUCACAUGGUCGAUUCCAAUGAGAUCUCCUUCAUCCGUGCAGGAGAGGGCGCUCUAAGGCAAGCUAUGGAAAAUGCAAACGUUGUCAUCCUGGAGCCGGUCAUGUCUGUGGAAGUUGUGGCACCUCAGGAGUUUCAGGGAGCAGUUAUCGCUGGAAUUAAUAGGCGCCAUGGUGUUAUUACAGGACAGGAUGGGGCUGAAGAAUACUUUACCCUUUAUGCUAAUGUUCCUCUGAAUGACAUGUUUGGCUAUGCUACAGAGCUCCGCUCCUGCACUGAAGGCAAAGGGGAGUACACCAUGGAAUACAGCAAGUAUCAGCCCUGCCUGCCAUCUGUGCAAGAGGAACUCAUCCACAAAUAUUUAGAGGCCACAGGUCAGCUGCCUGUGAAGAAGAGCAAGUUUAAGGGCUGAAAAACAGUCCAUCCACCCUGCUGUUACUGGACUUUAUCAACCCUCCUUCAGGUCUUCAAUCAUGGGUUCACAUUUAAUUUGGACAGUCAAACAUUCUGACACAGCAGAUACUUUUCUAUUGUAGUUCAGCCUCAUUGUCUUAUUGUUGUGAUCCUUUUUGUUCUGACUUUAAUCCCAUCAGAACACAAUCCUGUGUUACCAGUGUUUUAGAUUAUGGGGGGUUACUGUGAGUUCUUUAGACAGUCUCUGAGUUAAACUGGUUUUGCAGCGGCUUUUGUACUGUGUACAGAAAUGGUGUAAUGACAGUUGCAGCUAAAUGUAUAUGUUUUAUUCGUGAGAGUG